CACAGCUACAUUCUUAAAGCAACUCUGACGAUUUUUUAAAAUCAUUUUUUUACUAUUUUCUAAGGAAACUUUGAAGAUUAAAAAGAUGCAGCUUCACUUCACUAAAGAUGUUUUACCGGACUCUGUCAGCACCGACUUCCAGAAUAUGAACAAACUCAACGAGCAGCAAUUUCUUCGCCUGAUUGAAAUUCUGUUCCAGUUCCUGCUGGAGCCUAAAGAGUCGGAGAGGUUCAUGCAGCAGCUCAAUGAGUUCGCCGGAGAAAACGGGAUGAGCGCCGGUCCUCUGAGGAACCUGAUGAAGAGCGUCCUCCUGGUGCCGCAGGGAGCCCUGAAGAAAAACCUGACAGCCGAGCAGAUCAAAGCCGACCUGGAGACGUUAGGACUAAACGAGGACAAGGCGGCUCACUUCUCACAGCAGUGGGGGGAGAACUCCGCAGUGUUGUCCAGACUCGCUGUCAGACAGACGCUGAUGGUCAACCAGCUGGUGGACAUGGAGUGGAAGUUUGGAGUGACUGUUGGCACCAGUGAAAUUCAGAAAGUGGGCAACAUCUUUCUGCAGUUGAAGCUUGUUGUCAGAAAGGGGAAUUCCACCGAAAACGUCUACAUGGAGUUGACGCUCCCUCAGUUUUACAACUUCCUGCACGAGAUGGAGAGAGCCAAGGCCAGCAUGGAGUGUUUCAGCUGAGUGUGUGUGUGUGUGUGUGUGUGUGUGUGUGUGUGUGUGUGUGUGUGUGCUACUUCCAGGGACAAAUUUCAGACUUUCAGACCAGUUAACUGGGGAAGGUUUGUCCAAAUUGUGGACUAAAGUUGUGUCCCAAAUUGGGAAAAAAGGUGAUUUUUGGUUGAGUGGUGCAGGUUAGAGUUAGGGUAAGUCUCCAGGAAAGGAAUGUAAGUCUGUGUAAUGUCCCCAAAAGUGACCUAGGACUGUGUGUGUGUGUGUGUGUGUGUGUGUGUGUCAUAGGCUACUUUCAGGGGCAAAUUUGAGACUGAAGACCAGUUAAUUGGGGAAGGCUAAUUGAAUUUCGGUCUAUGUAAUGUUCCCAAAAGUGACCUAGAACAGCGUGUGUGUGUGUGUGUGUGUGUGUGUGUGUGUGUUCAUGACAGGCUGUAGCUGCAGGGCAGUGUUUGGUAUGUCUUACGUCAUUGUGUGUGUGUGUGUGUGUGUGUGUGUGUGUGUGUGUGUGUGUGUGUGGGUGGGGGCCAUUGAAGUGACUGAAACUAAUCAUAGAAACACAUUUUGUUAUUUACUGCUGGACGUUUAUACUCAAAUCUACAAAUAAACUUAA